AUGGCCAUUGAAACUUCGUCUACCACUGUCCCUGUGGCCGUUACAAACAACUGUAUCGAUACCAAGAUGCUUGCCAUUCAUACCAAGGAGGUGGAACCGGCGGUGACCGAGGCCACUAAGCCUAACAGCGAGGAGGAAAAAACUGAAGAAGGCCUCUUUUCAGCUUCCUAUAUAUCUCCCGAGGUUGUCUCCUUGCUUCCUGAGAACUAUACUCUCCGCCCACUUCGCCGCUCAGACUACCAGAACGGCUUCCUCGAUGUCCUCAGCGUUCUCACCAAGGUUGGAGAGUUCACCCCUGAGCUCUGGAACGAACGAUAUGACUGGAUGGCUAAGCGCAAUGAUGAAUAUUAUAUCCUUGUUAUCUGCGAUGGGACCGGUCGAGUUGUUGGCACUGGCAGUUUGAUCGUUGAGAGGAAAUUUAUCCAUGCCGCUGGCUUGGUGGGACACAUUGAAGAUAUUGCCAUUGAGAGCGGCCAGCAAGGGAAGAAGCUGGGCUUGCGCAUGAUCCAUGCUUUGGAUUAUGUUGCUAAGGAAGUUGGCUGUUACAAGUCUAUCCUGGAUUGCUCCGAAGCCAACGAGGGCUUUUAUCUAAAAUGUGGCUUUAAACGUGCUGGAUUGGAGAUGGCUCAUUACUACUGA